AUGGCACUUGGACUUCUUAAAACCAAUGAUAAAACUGAAGAGCUAGAAAAUAUUGCUGAUCAAUAUAUGCAAGUUUUAUGGUCAAUGGGUUUCUUAGUGGACUUCUUGGAUCAUGGUAUUUAUUGGACAUUUAAGGUGCAUGAUCUUAUGAAUGAGCUUGCAAUAUCAAUGACAGAAGGUGAGUCCGCAUUCAUAAAUUUUGGAAGCCAAAAAGUUGAUGGAAAAUUGCGGCAUUUUUCACACGGUGACACAGAGUUAUGUGGUGAAGAAUUUCUACAACUCAUUGUUGAUAACUCAAGGAGUGUUCGAAGCAUUGUCUUUCCAGCGGCAGAGAAAUACAGAGAUGCACCUAUUAUUGGAUCAUUUAUUACUUGGAAUGAUGCAUUGAAGAAGAUCCCUGAAUCUAUUUGCGAGAUUCAAAAAUUGCAAAUGUUAAGACUUCGGGGUUGUUCUGAGAUUAAGAAGUUGCCUAAUAACAUACGAAAGAUGAUCUGCCUUAGACACUUGGAAAUAACCACACAAGAGGAGGUUCUCCCAGAAAAUGGAAUUGGAUGUCUGAGUUCCCUUCAAUUUUUGCACGUAGUUGGCUGCAAAAGUCUACUAAGUUUGUGUGAAGGGAUGCAAGGUCUAAAAAGUCUUCGAAAGUUGUUUCUACACAGCAAUCAUGUGAUCUCGUCGUUACCAGAUACUAUCAAAUACCUGAAAAAAUUAGAGACGUUAGCGAUUGGGAAUUGCCCCAAGAUUAAUUUGAAGAUGGAAUUGCUAGGAGAAGAUCGUGAGCUGAGGCUGAGUCUUAAAAAAUUCAUAAUUGUUAAUUUAGAAUCAUUGGUGGAUAUGCCCCAACUUCUUCUUCAAGCAUCUGCUGACACUCUGAAGUACAUGCAGAUUGAAGGCUGUGAAAAGUUAGAAGCACUACCGGAGUGGUUGCAAAAUCUCACAUCACUUGAAAAACUUGAGAUUACAAGAUGUUACAAAUUAUCAUCUCUUCCAGAAGGGAUAGAACACCUUACUUCCCUCAAGGAAUUGAAGAUUACAGAGUGUCCUGCUCUGAUUGAAAGCUGCAGAAAUGAUGAGUUGAAGAUUGCUCAUGUUCCAGUGGUUCAUCUUAUUGAUCAUGAUACCGACUUCUAUGGUUAA